AUGUUUAGGCGCUGUUUAAAUUUACCGGCUAAAGGCAUCCCAAUAUUCAACAAGGGUCUGAUUCGAUUCCUGUCGCUGAAAACAGUGGGAACACCAAAUGAAAAUGCGCUCAAAUUCAUUUCUACGGAUUUCAAUUUUCUUCCAGAGUCCCUAACGAGCGCAGUUGAAGUCAAUGAUCUUCCUGAGGCGUCGCAGAGAUCGCCUUUAGCUUCAGAGCUCUUCAAACUAAAUGGGGUGAAAUCUUUACUCAUUGGGCACAAUUUUAUCACAGUGAAUAAGGUUGAUCCAGAGCUUUCUAAUAAUCCUGACUUGCAUUGGGAUUCGUUGUCUACAAAGGUCAUGAAUGUGAUAACUAAUGCUGUGGAUUCCAAUAUCCCUGUUCUCAAUCCUGAGUACUUGGAUGAAAUAGUGAGGAAGCAGGACGAGGCUCAAGAGGACGACGAUGAUGUAACGUAUGAAAUCAAGGAACUCAUAAAUACGCGAAUCCGCCCCGCACUUCAGGAUGAUGGAGGUGACAUUCAUUUCAGAUCUUUCGAUGCAGAAAGUGGAACAGUUUAUCUCAAGCUUCAAGGUGCCUGCAAAUCCUGUUCUCUCAGUGAGGACACUUUGAAGAACGGCAUUGAAAGUAUGCUGAAACAUUAUAUUCCCGAAGUGGAAGAAGUGAAAGCAGUUUUGGAUCCUGAAGAAGAGAUUGCUUUACGAGAGUUCGAGAAGUUGGAAAAAAAAUUAAAACAACAACAGCAAACUUUGUGA